AUGCCCAAACGACACACUCUCACCACGCCACCGGCGAUGCCCACUCGCUUGGCCCUGCAUGUGCUUCUCGCGGCCUUCCACGUGGUCCGCGGCUCCGUCUGGGCGCGUGAAGACCGCGGUCUCAGCGCUUCCACGGACGUGGGCGACGACUCCGAGGACUGGUUCGAGGAGAUGCUCGGGCGCAGGGUCGCCGUGCCACGGUCUUUCAAGGCGUCACCGAUGACCCUCGGCGCCAGCCAGGCCAUGCGGGCUAUGCACCAGAUGCGGCGCUUGCAGCUGGAGACGACCACGAGCUCAUCGACGAGCUCCACUACUACCACGUCCUCAUCGACCAGCUCUUCCUCUUCAAGUUCUACAACGACCACCACAUCUUCAUCGUCCAGCUCCACAUCUUCAACUUCCACGACGACUACCACGUCCUCAUCGACCAGCUCUUCCUCUUCAAGUUCCACAACGACUACCACGUCCUCAUCAACCAGCUCUUCCUCUUCAAGUUCUACAACGACGACCACAUCCUCAUCGACCAGCUCUACAUCUUCCACAUCUACCACUUCGGUGACAAGCACAACAACCAGCACUUCGGGUACAUCCACGACGACGACGACCAGUUCCUUCUUGCCAGAGGAUGUGGUGGAGCUGCUGGACUUGCUAAAUCGCCAGAGGAAGAAUGAGGCAGCUGGUGCUGUUCGUGACGUGGCUUCUUCAGAGGAGGAGCAGGUGAAGGCUCAGGUCUCGGCUUUGCUGGAAGCCGCGAACCAGUCGGAAGGUGCCAUUCCCCAGGUGACCAACGAGACGGACACCGGCACCGUCACCGUGAUGGCCUUCACUUCGGAGGCCGUCGAGGCGGCGAGAAGGACCGGUGCAGCCGUCCCAGUGAGCACCGGUGGUGCUGAUGCUGCAGAGGUACCUUCACAGGUGCUGGCACAAGCAAUGGAAAUGGCUGCAGCUAAGGUGGGUUCAGAUAAGGCAGUAGUGCUGAGCCUCACUGCCAUCAAUGAUGCCACAGCCGAGAAGUUGCAAGUUCCCAUCGAGCAGAAGACGACUUCUGUGCAAUCUCAGAGGUUGAGUAUCAAUCUUUGGGAUGAAGAUGGAAAGCCCAUUGAGAUUGACAAGCCACUUCGCGAACCCAUCAAGCUGCGCUUUGAAGUCAACAACUCAGAUCCGUCCUUGAGAUGUGCCUUCUGGGAUGAAAUCGAGGCCAAGUGGUCUGAAGAAGGGCUCAAGACCGUGUCGAUGGAUGGGAAGCAGUUGGAGUGCGAGACCGUGCACUUGUCCAUUUUUGCGGCUGUUGUCUUCAGCAUUGAGAAUGUUGCGGCAUGCAGCACUGCCAUGUACCUGCUUUCAGAUGAGGGCUUCAGGAACCUCUUUGAUGUGACAGGUUGGGGGAGCUCGGUGCAGGCAGUCUUUUUCGGCAUCUUCCUUUCCAUUUGCGUGUUGGCAUUGACCUACUUUUGCUACCUGGACAUCGUAUCAGCUCGCGAGAUGGGACUGUUGUCAGGGGAGACCGAGUCUGAAGCGGCGAAGGACACCAAAAAGCCAGAGCAUGUGGUACACCAUGUGGACGAGGCAGCCCAACGAGGUUGUGGACGGUGCAGCCAACUGCUGGAAGGCUUCAGUGUGCUGGCCAUUUGCAGUACGCUGAAACAGGUCUGCCUGAGGACUUCCAAGAGGAUUUCGCGCUUGCCGUGUGAUGUGGCAAACAAAUGUGUCUCUGCCUUGCACAGUUACAAGACCGGAGUAGAGAGCGAAAGUGUAAAAGUCCUGCUGGAGAAGAAGAUGGGCGAGAUGAGAGCAGAGCAUCAAAUGCCCACUACAAAGAAUCAACGCCGGAGGGCUGAACAUGGACAAACCGCAUUGCAAAGGAACACUCAAGGCAUCCUUGACACGUGGGAAGUGAAGCGUGGCAUGCAGGAACAGGGACGCAAGGCCGUGGAAUGUGUGCUUGAUGCCCCGUUUUACUGGCGAGUCGUCCUUUUCCUUCCGGUCUUCCAGCCAUUGAUUGGAAUUUUGCUCUUCAGCCUCCGCGUGUCUCACUCGAAGAGGGCAUCGUUGCUCAUCCUCAAGUUCUUAACCGCUGGGGCGGCUUCGGCUCUCUUUUACGGUGGUGUGGAACAGGAGGGAUGCACGCCUCCUAGAGAUGCAUUAGAUGACCUGAUCCGGACGAUUGUGGUCAGCUUCGUGUGUCUUUGUUUGGGUGACCUGAUGAUCCUUCUGCUGACCUUGAUCGGGCGCCGUUCCGUGGCCACGUCACUUUGCGUGGUAUACAUCUUACUCUUCCUGUCGAACAUGCACCCAGCGGAUGUCCAGAAGUGGUUUGAGUCCAGUGCAUGGAGCCUUGCUCAGGGCCUGAUUUUGAAGCCGCUGGCGAUGUCCCUGGUGAUGAAUACCCUCCUAAGCAUUGCUUUGAGUUUUAGCAGAGUGCGACUGGCUAUUAAGACCACGUGGCUGCUGAAGGGCAUUGAGGUGCACAUGACGCCAGAAGAGGAAGACCAGCUGAAGCGCGCGUUUGAGGAGGCUCAACAAAACCAGGAUGGGCCGACGUCGGUCUUUUCCAUGCUCGACGUCAUACGUGAAGACUCGACUGCGAAAGGCGAUAUGACCUACACCGAUGCUCUGCAGAUGACACGUAAAAUUGUCAUCCGCGAGGACGCUGAGUCGCGAGUGGACGAGGAGGUCAAAGAGCCACCACGGGUGAAAAGGAAGGUGCUUCGAAGGGUCAGACGCAGACGGCAUCCGAACCUAGCUGGACAAGUGCCUUUGAGCAACAUCGAACAGGGCCAGUCACCGGAGGGCACUGAGCAGUUGGGGAUGUGUGCGAUCGUGUUGGACGUGGAGGAAGAGCAGGAGGUGCGCAAAAAAAACCGGAGAACAGCAGACGGAGCUGGAUGGAAGGGCUGGGCUGAGUGAUGCUGAGUGAUGCUGAGUGCAGCCGCUGGUGCCCGCGUUGAGUCACAGGUUGGGCCUCGUUCGGACACUGAGUCCACUGAGUGGUUGGGGAUGUGUGCGAUCGUGUUGGACGUGGAGGAAGAAGAGGAGGUUGAGUCGGUCGCCCACCUGUCGGGGACGCGCUGAAUGCGCGACGCGUGGGUGAAAGCGAGUGACGCCGCGGGACGCGGAGCGUUCCACCGAGGCCGAAGUAAGCGAAGCGUUGCGUCGGGUCUCCAGUAGCCUCGAGACCCGACGCAACGAGUUGCUUUGGACACGAUGACCCAGCGCAACGAGCCUGGCAUAGCCCAUUUCUUUGCAGAUUCUGAAGCGCAAUUGUUGCAUUUGGGUAGUAAGGCACUUGUUAUUACUAGCGUGGCACUUGUUUCUAUUAGCUUCUUGAUACUACUAGUAAGGCACUUGGUACUACUGCAUUUGGGUGCUUUUGGUUGGAUGCGAAGAAAUGGCCUCACAUUUUUUUGACAAGUUUGAAUGUUAAGACACCGCUCCUAACGUGACCUUAGGACUUCUUGCCUUCUUGCAAUUGAAUUUACAAAAUGAAUGCGCACAAUGGGUUCUGCAUUUAUAUUUAUGUUUCCUGUGCCCAUUGGAGGGAACGGUGCAUUUGUGCUUCUUCGUUGAAGCUGCUGCGUGGUUUUCAUCCUGGCCAUUUCGGACGUUUUCCUUGUCAUGUUAUAUAGUGUGUUCUUUGAAUUGACAUA